CUCCAACUCGACGUGACGGCUACCGCCUGCGACGACCACCUUCCACCAAGACACCAUCUCGAGUCGAUCCUCCAUCUCUUCCUCCUCCGUCUCAACCUCCGACCGCCGGCCCGUCUGCUUCAUCAUCCCGCUCCGGUCCAGUCCAACCUCAGUGCUCCGAUUCAUCCCCUCUAUCAUUCGGCGCCUACGAAUCCUGAAGCUGUCUCCUCUCGUCACACAGCUCGACCGAGGUCCCAGUAGCGAGCACAAUGUCUAGCUCUUUCGAAAAGUCCGUCAAGGGCGCUACAAAGAUCAAGAAUGCCCCUCCAAAGACAAAGUAUAUCGAGCACAUCCUAGUCGCUACCCAUUCCGGCGAAGCUGGCGUCGGCGAAGUCUUUCGCGCCCUCACAUACCGCCUCCGCGAUUCCACAUGGACCGUCGUCUUCAAGAGUCUGAUUACUGUGCAUCUCAUGAUUCGGGAAGGUUCACCAGAUGUCACACUCGCCUUUCUCUCAACGCACCGCAAUGUGUUGGCAACAAGCAGCUUCACAGAUGCCCAAACUCAAGGACGCAACAUUCGACAUUAUGCCUAUUAUUUGUCCGAGCGAGCGCGCGCAUACCGAGAUACCAAGACCGAUUGGGUCCGCGCCCCCGAGUCAAGACUGGAGAAGCUUUCAGUCGAAAAGGGUCUAUUACGAGAGACGGAAGUGGUCCAACACCAGCUCGAGGCCUUGUUGAAGUGCGAUGUCAUGGAAAACGAACCCGAAAACGAAAUCACUAUAACCGUCUUCCGAUUGCUUGUCUUGGACCUGUUGGCGCUGUUCCAGGUUCUUAAUCAAGGGUUGAUUAGCAUUCUCGGCCACUUUUUCGAAAUGUCAAAGGUCGAUGCCGAGCGUGCCAUGGCGAUUUACCGCAAGUUCACCAAGCAGACAGACUACGUGGUCCAGUACCUCAGCGUUGCCCGACAGUACGAGCACCACACACGAGUCGAGGUUCCAAAGCUCAAGCACGCCCCUGUCAACCUGGGACGCCAGCUUGAGGAAUACCUGAAUGAUCCAGACUUUGAGGUCCACCGGAGGCAGUAUCUCGCUGAGCAGGAUGUCAAGAAGCACGGGGGUGGGAGUUCAAGCUCUAAGGGGGCGGGUCUUAGUAAGAAGAAGAGCCUCGAUUUCCCCGAGCCUUCCUCCAACAACCCCUUUCCCAAGGUUAUCAAGGCUUCUUCAACUGGUGGCAAGCCUUCCGAGUCCAAGCCUCAAGCCAACAAGGGCCCUGAUCCUGAUUUGAUCGACUUCUUCGACUCAAUCGAGCAGAACCAGACACCGCUGGCUAUGACCACCAACCAAGCACAGCCCUUCCAACAGCAACCGACAGGCAUGCAGUUCCAGCAGAAUGGUUUUGGUGCUCAACCUACGGGCUUUGCAGCCAACAACAGCCCCUUCCAGCAGCCCCAGCCUACAGGCGGACUUGUGCAACAACCUCAAAUCCUGCAACCCAGCUUUACGGGCGCCGGCUUCGGAGGGUUCACUUCACAACCUGGAUUCCAACCGAGUUCUCUUGCACCAAUUCCCCAGGACUCUGUGGCCAACUUCCCUACUGCUUCUCCAGCCGUUCAACAGCCAGUUCAAAACGGAGGGCUUCAACCCGUGCAGAAUGGAGGUCUCCAGCCAAUGGUAACAGGGCAACAGAGCACCAAUCCCUUCAGGCAGUCCAUGCUUAUGGCUCAGCAAACGGGUGUUCAAGCGAACCAGAUGCCUUCUUCCGUUUCAACGCCUGCGCUAAACCGUCAAUCAACAAACCCGUUUGCUCGAUCACCAGGGCAGAACACAUCGCCAUUUGCCCAAGCUUCCAAUUCACCUUUCCAACAACCUACUCAACAACAGCCUCAACAACAAGCUGCUGCUCUACAGCCAACUCCAACUGGUACGAAUCCCUUUGCUCGACACUCGAUGCUACCAGCGCAAAGCCAGGAGCAGCAAAGGCCACAGACUGCAGGAGCUGCACUUGUCGCCCAGCCUACUGGAAGCACAAAUCCAUUCCGUCACGGCGCCUUUGUAAACCACGCCACAGGCACAGGAUGGCAACACAAUCAAGCACCGAUCGGAGGUGGCCUCGAUCAACUCGAAACAAUGCCCGUGUUCCCCCGACCUGCGCAGCAGACCCCCUGGCAGCAAUAAAGGGGUAUAAAUUCUCCACCACUCUCACAUCUACAUGACACUAUACUCAACACUCUGAGCCUUUUUUCUCUCUCUCACACAUCCACAACCCGGGUUUCUCGGCGCUUUCAUUGUCUUUUUUGGCUGUACAAUCCUCCCUUUCCAUAUAGUAAGCGAGGCGUUUUUCGGAAGGGGGAUGAAGAAAGAUGGGAAAAGGAGGGGAUCCCCGCAAGGUGAAAGGAUGGCUUUUUUUGAUACGCAAGGGGGAGUGUAUUUGACUCUCCGGUAGCAUUAUUAUAUUUAACCUGCCCUGGCGAGAAUCUACUCCCUUUUGCGGUAACCUCGGCGAUUCCUCUGAUUCCCUUUUCUUAUUGGUAUUAUUUUAUUAUUCUCCUUGGUUUAGUAUAGUAGCAGUCAUAAAAAAAUAUCAUUGGUGUU